AUGCGUUGUUUCCAUGGUAACAUACAACACAGGUGCUGGGACACUGAUGGCACCGGGACAAUGUCUUACCGCGGGUUUCUGAGCCGGCUUUCUAAGGAGGAGAAAGAGCAGUACGACAUCAGAAAUGCAGCUGCGGAGUUUUACCGGCUGAACCGGGUCCCCCAGGAGCUCGAGAGAGCUCUGAACGAGCUGUUUCUGCAGCAGCCCGAGGACCACAACGGCUUCCUGGUUAAUUACUUUAUGAAGCUGUGUGCACCACCAAGGAUCAGCAGACUGACGGGAAGAGAGGUUUAUGACGCAAGAGGACAGAUAUCCAUUGAGGCAGAGGUCUUCUGCAUCAUCUGCAACAAAGAAAAGAGCAUGUCCUCAGCUGCCAUCUCCAGCCACUCUGGGCCUAAUGAGACAUCGCUGGACUGGAAAGCUAAGAGUCAGGUGAGGACAGAGCAUGUGGUGACUGCUGCCCAGUGGAUCAAUGAACCUCUGAACAACAUGCUGAAGGGCCGAAACCCCUGUGACCAAUCAGAAGUCGAUCAUAUACUCAGCAAUUUCUUCAUGGCCCGCUACCUGGAGGCUAAAGACAACAGGAACAAGGAAAAGGAGGAGGGCUGUUCACCAGGUGAGCGUGAGCUGGUGUUAUCUUCUCCACUGCCUGUACAGACUAAGGAGAAGAAGAGUGCUGAUAAAGUUAAAAAAUGCAACACUGCAGAGAAGCCAUUUCCUCCAGUAGAGCCGGCGGAACCAGUCCUUGCUGGGAGCUCAGCUAUUGGCUCAGUGUCUCUGGCAGUGGCCAAAACUGGGGCAAAAAUACAGGGUGUCUCUCUGUACAAAUACAUAGCAGCUCUGAAAAACAGAAAGGCUCCAACACAGUUUCACAUCCCUGUCCCUCUGAUCACUCUGCUGAGCUGUGGGAAGACUUCACCUGGAAAACUGAAUCUGCUAGAGGAAGUCAUCCUGAUCCCCAAAACUGGGCAUCAAGUCAAACAAAUCAUCACAAUGACCCUCGAGUUACAGAAGGAGAUGAUGAGAAUAAUGAACACUUCAACAAAAGCUGGGGUCACCCAGGCAAUGCUGUGUGACAGUGGAGUGCUGGCUGUGACCUACGAGCGACCUGAGCAGCCUCUAGAUCUGAUCACUGAAGCCUGUACUUACUGUGGACUGGCACUGGGAAAAGAGAUCCAUUUAGCAGUAAACUGUGCUGCCCCUGAGUUAAUGGACAAUUCUAAAGGAAAGUAUGAAGUUGCAACAGGAGUUUUAAAGUCACCAGAUGAAUUAGUUGAUAUGUACCAAUCCCUCAUCAGUAAAUACCCACCGGUGGUGGCCUUAAUCGAUCCAUUUAGGAGAGAGGACAUAGACCAGUGGCAAAAGUUGAGCAAUGUGGUUGGAGACUCAUGUUCGCUGCUCUCUGACAUCACCCACAAGCCAAAGGCCACACCCCUUCCAGGAGUCAGAGGUCACAUCCUGAAACACAUUCAUGAGACAACAGUUAGUGAUUUGAUUCGCAUCACAUCAGACCACCAAGGUUCAGUGUUAAUGGGAACAGCAUGCAAUGAGCCCUGCAGCGAUGACUCUCUGUCAGAUAUAGCCGUGGGUCUGGGCCUGGACUAUGUCAAACUGGGAGGUCUGAGCGGUGCUGAGAGAAUGACUAAAUACAACCGGCUAAUUUCUAUAGAGGAAGAACUGGCCCAACAGGGAAUCUUGGUCUCUGAGGAGAAGCACCCCCCUCCACUGUUUGGUGGAAAACCACAGGAGUAGUCAGCUGCUACAGAGAGGACUCAGUGCAACACGGCCGGCUCACCGCUCACUGCUUCCGUUUUCAU